GACGGCAGCGGGUUCGAGGGUUUCCCAUCGCCAGUGCGAGACGUAUUUUCUAUUGGUUUUCUAUCCUGAUGUCUACGUGGUCAUGAUUCCGAGAAGAUGAGCGUUAAGUGCUCGUGCGACCAAAGGUCCAAGGGCGGUCGACAGUCACCGGAGAACGCCGAGUGUUCUGGCACGCCCGGACCUAGGACCGAUCAAAUUUACCGAACGUUCAAUAUACCCACUCGCUUCAUGUACCCGAAGCUGAUGAAGGGCUACCGGGACAUUAACGGGGCGAGCAUCCAUCCCUGCUACAGGAGCACUUCCAUGGAUUAUGGAUGGUUUCCGCCGACGGUGCACACGGUGCCGACCUCCUACUACCCUCGCAACUGCGCCUUCAGCAUUGUCGCCUCCCGGGGCGGUAUGUACCGCAACUAUUCCCUCAAUACGGAACUGGACAAGUAGCCGAUAUCUCGACUUCAUCUCGAGGUUGCCUCUCAUCAUGCGGCCAAACGGAACUCGUGCAGCCGAUUCUUGUCAAUGGUCUAGACGAUAAAUUAGGUUUUGUUGCUCUA